AACUAUAUAUCCAUCUUUAAUUAUUCUUCACUGAGUCCUCUCAAGCAGGACAGUCCAGAGCUACAAGUACCAAAUGGAAUGAAGUCUGUGCUCCACUCUGUUGGAACCUGCCACUGUUUUUCAGGAUAUGUGCCUCAGCUCAUACCCCUGCAUGUCACUUUUCCCCAGUAUAAAAUAAUGACAUUUUUUCUGCUUUUGCAGGUUGGACCACACACUGUUUUUAAGAUUUCAUGGGAAAUUUUUAGAAACAUAGCUGGUGAUAUUAAUUGCACAUUAAUUAUUCACUCAGUUGUCAACUAUUAAUUAUUGAAGAUCUUGUUUUACUCUUAAGUUGAACUGGAUUGCUAGGUACUUGGAAGUUAUUAUUAAUACACAAUAACUCUAUGAGUUUCUGCAGCACUCUCUUUUACAAUUCAGUUUCAGUGGAAUGUACUUUCCAAACCUUUACAUCCAACAGUAAGGCAGAUACAGCAUCGGAGCCAAAUGCUACAGUGAGAUUCCUCAGCAGCACAGACACAUGGUUAAGAGCUUUCAGCUUUCUUUCAUGGGGGAUUACAUACAACCUGAAAUAUUUGGCUGGUGCACGGUGCCUGGUUUGGUCCCUGCCUCUUAAUAGAAAUGCAAGAAGGGCAUUCAGGAGCACUGUGCAGGUUGCCCAUAGUCAUUCAAGGAACUAAAGCUGCACCCCAACAGACAGCCUGUGUAAGCUGGCCAUGUGCAAACUUGUGGGCUUAAGACUGAAUUCUCUUCUUUGGCUGCUGAGCCAUUCUCUAAGGAGGCAGUGGAACCACCAACUAAACUGAUUUUGCAAGGUGCCAAGCUAAGCUAAGCACCGUAAUGCUGAGUGUGGCUAUAUCUUCUGGUGGCAUAAUUACUUUUCCUCAGAGACAAAAAAAAAGGAAAAAAAGAUGUCAUAAAUCUACCAGUUAACCCUUUAGUUCACACCUCCUUAGUACAGAAGGACCACUUUUCUACCCUAAAACAGAAGGUGUCCCUGCAGAGCAGAUUCCUGCAAAGACACAACUUCAUCUAUUCCUUUUCUAGCAUGUUGAAGGUCUCACCACAGGAAUUGACUGAAAGGAAUAGUUGUGGCCCUUGUGGGCAUAUUUUCCCCAGUGGCUCUGGCCUUUAUGAAACCAUGUAUUAAAUCCUCUGUGUCUGGCAUGAAAACUCUGCUUCCCUGUGUCCAGCCUCUUUCAGUGCUCUGUGAUUUGCAUUUGCUUUACACACCAAACCCAGAUUUCGGUUUGCAUCCCCAUGAGCAAUGCCCCUCAGAGAUAUCUAAGCCUCAGACAUCUGUAAGUCAACUUGCAGUCCAAAAAGGUCUUACUAGCCUAAAGAAUUUAAUUGCUUACUGGAAAGAAUGGCUAGGAAAUAAACGGAUGAUUCCACAGGCUUUAAAAUAGGUUAGUGUUUCUUUGUGAAGAUGUCAGAGCUUCCUGUUUGCACUGUUUUCAUCUACUCUUGGGGGCUUCAAUUUUAUCCUCCGAUUUUUUUCUCCUGGCACUGACCAGAAAUGGCUUGUUAGAGAAACCCAAAGCUGGAAUUAGGAGUUUAGAGCAUAUAUAUGAAUGAUCAGAAAGGAGCAAGGGACCACCAAGGCAGAGUUUCAGGGCCCUGAGGCAAGAGAUGUCCACCAAGAGCUCCAGGAGAACAUAAUAACUGAGCCAUAAUAAGGCCCAGUGGGACUUGGAGAGCUUUGGUGACCUCCUGAGCUGAAAAGCAUCCAGGGCAGCAGCCAGGCUAGCUCAGCAAGGAUUAUGUGCCAUAAUGGCUAAAAUCUUGACACCCAUCUCUGGUCUUCUUCUGUCAGUAUUCUCAAUGGCAAGUUUGUAUCAGUGUUAAAGAUUUGGGAAAAAAAUACCUUGGUACUGUUUUAUAUGGAAGGUGCACAAACCCUGAAAAGACUGUUCACACUGUCAAGUGAAGAGGUGGGCAGACAGACAAGCCUAAACUAGAGAGAUGUCUGGUUAAAGGAAUUCAGCCCAUGAAAGACCACCUGAAGGUGUAGGCGAUUUUGCAUUGCACUGAACUACUCAAGGCUUCCAUUGGCAAUGGCUCAAAUUUUUGAGGCUGCUCAACAUGCCUGAGUUUUACAAACUGUUGGUAUUUGUUAAAGCUUUUUGGGUUACUUGAUUUCCUAUUCCAAAGCAAAUGCCAAUUUUUCAAUUUUCCCCUCCUCACAAUAUAUGUUAAUUUUGAAAUCUUGCUAUAGAAAUCAAAUUGAGAAAGUAUGAUUUAGAGGUAAAAAGCAUCCUACGGAAAGUGUUAAAAAAUUGUUCAAGGAAAAAUUUAGAGAAAAUUAAGUAUGCUGCUAUAAAAUAUGGGUUGAAGACCAGAAAAAAAGUCAGUAGCAUGUGCUAAUAGAAAAGGCAAAACAAAAUAUGACACAAAGAUAAAAUCCAAACUAAAUGGUCUCCUUUGUUUGGAUUAGACAUUUCCUCAAUAUCAGCAUGUUCCAACAAAACAUUUCAAAUUUGCCAAAAUUGCAUUUCCUGGCAGAAAUGGACAGUAAGAAGGUUUUGACUAGCACAAGCACACGUGUGCCAAGUGAUUCCUUUUGUGUGUUGUGGUUUUCAUCCACUGUGGAGUGAACUUUUACUGAGCCUCAUUCAUUCAUCUGCCCCGCCAUAAAAACGCACGGCUAUUUUAAGCACGUCGUAAAGCGAACUGUGUCACUUGGCCAGGCUGGCCAGUUGUGGGAGUGUGGGACAGGAAUCCCUCUCUGCACCCACCCCACACCCUGCCUUGGCACCCCCGGGAUGCAUCAGCCCCACAAGCCCAAGGGGACAAAGUGCCUCCUUCUGGAGAUGCCUGCAACUUCAGCUCACCCGGAUGGCUCAUAUAGAGAGAUAUCUGCAUUUCUCUUUCUCCCCGCUUUAAAAGAGCUUUCUUUACUUAGGGAAAGCUGCUAUCUGUGUUCUGAGCACUGAGCCAAUAAAGCCAUCACAGAAAGGAUCUGUUGCCAGAGUCCAGAAAGGGUUAAGGCAGCAGUUGGAGAGGUUUGGGGUGACGUGUGCUUCUGGACGCCUGAGAAGUCUCUUGAAGGUAGUUCCCCUCUGGUGAGGAUGGGAGCGUGCUGAGGUCUGAAAUCCGAGAUCCCUCGCAGCCUGGAGCUGGUGAGGUCCCAGUAAAAGCUGUUUGCCUGCUUUCCCUCCCCGAGCAGUCACACCGCUGCACUGGCCUGGGCAGCAUGGAGCCAGCACCCUGGACACUUGUAGGACUCACCCUUCUGCAGCUCCUGCUCAUCUCCUGCUUGCCAAGAGAGUACACAGUGAUCAAUGAAAACUGCCCAGGAGCUGAGUGGAAUAUCAUGUGUCGGGAAUGCUGCGAAUACGACCAAAUUGAGUGCAUCUGCCCAGGACAGAAAGAAAGAGUGGGCUACACCAUUCCCUGCUGCAGGAACGAGGAGAAUGAGUGUGACUCCUGCUUAAUCCACCCAGGCUGCACCAUCUUUGAGAACUGCAAGUCCUGUCGCAAUGGCUCCUGGGGAGGGACACUCGACGACUUCUACAUCAAGGGAAUCUACUGCGCAGAGUGCAGAGCUGGCUGGUAUGGAGGGGACUGCAUGAGGUGUGGGCAGGUUCUCCGGGCCUCCAGAGGUCAGAUUUUGCUGGAGGGUUACCCACUGAAUGCACGAUGUGAAUGGACAAUCCAUGUUCAAGCUGGAUUUAACAUUGAGUUAAGAUUUUCCAUGCUGAGCCUGGAGUUUGAUUAUAUGUGCCAGUAUGACUAUGUGGAGAUUCGUGAUGGGGACAAUUUGGACAGUCAAAUAAUAAAGAAAUUCUGUGGAAAUGAGAGGCCACCUCCCAUCCGAAGCACUGGGUCUUCACUCCAUGUCCUCUUCCAGUCUGAUGGAUCCAAGAACUUUGAUGGAUUUCAUGCUGUCUUUGAAGAAAUUACAGCUUGUUCUUCAUCUCCAUGUCUUCAUGAUGGGACAUGCAUUCUGGACAAAAGCAGCACCUACAAGUGUGCCUGUCUGGCUGGCUAUACAGGGAGUCGCUGUGAAAACUUGGAUUUUUUUGAAAUAUCUGAACUGUCAGUGGUGAUGUGUAGGACUCCAGGUGCUCCUGCUCAUGGUAUUGUGGAAGGAGAUGACUUUAAAUACGGGGCCCGGGUUUACUUCAAGUGCAACGCAGGUUACAGCUUAAAAGGCAGCCGUGUUGCCUACUGUCAGCUUGAUGGGAUUUGGUCAACACAUCAUCCUGAAUGUGUUCUAGAAGAAAAAAACUGCUCAGAUCCUGGUGGUCCACUCAAUGGCUACAGAAGAGUGGUAGAAGACACUGGGCUCUUGAAUGGACACUAUGCAAAAAUUGGCACAGUCAUUGCUUUCUUUUGUAACAACUCGUAUGUUCUUAGUGGCAAUGAACAAAGGACCUGCCAAGACGAUGGAGAAUGGUCAGGGAAGCAACCAAUCUGCAUAAAAGCCUGCAGAGAGCCAAAGAUCUCUGACCUGGUGAGACAGAAAGUGCUUCCAAUGCAGGUUCAGUCAAGAGAAACACCUUUGCAUCAACUUUACUCUUCUGCAUUCAGCAAGCAAAAGCUUCAAGUCUAUCCAACCAAGAAGCCAGCACUGCCAUUUGGAGAACUGCCGCCAGGGUACCAGCACCUGCACACUCAGCUCCAGUAUGAGUGCGUUUCUCCCUUCUACCGCCGCCUGGGCAGCAGCAGGAGGACUUGCCUCAAGACAGGAAAAUGGAGUGGGAGAGCCCCUGUGUGUAUUCCAAUCUGUGGAAAAGCAGAAAACAUCACCCUUAAGAAGGCCGUGACCUCUAUGAGGUGGCCAUGGCAAGCAGCCAUCUAUCGCACAGCCAGCGGGGUGAAGGAGAACAGCCUUCGGAAAGGGGCCUGGAUCCUGAUCUGCAGCGGGGCCCUGGUGAACGAACGCACCGUGGUGGUGGCAGCCCACUGCGUCACUGACCUGGGCAAGACCAUUGUGCUCAAGACAGCAGAGCUCAAGGUGGUUCUGGGCAAAUUCUACAGAGAUGAUGACAGGGAUGAAAAGACCAUCCAGAACCUGAGGAUUUCUGCCAUCAUAGUGCAUCCCAAUUAUGACCCUAUAUUACUUGAUUCUGAUAUAGCUGUCAUAAAACUCUUGGACAAAGCCAGGAUCAGCAGUCGUGUUCAACCCAUUUGCUUGUCAUCUUCCCAUGACCUGACUGCAUCCACAGAGGAUUUAAAGAUAACGGUUACUGGCUGGAAGGUAUUGGCUGACAUUAAAGAUCUCGGUUACAAGAAUGACACAAUCCGCAUGGGAGUUGUUCAGAUGGUGGAUUCACUGUUGUGUGAGCAACAGUAUGAGGAUAAUGGGAUACAAGUCAGCAUCACUGACAGCAUGUUCUGUGCCAAACAAGACCACACAGCCUUUUCUAAUAUUUGCCCUGCUGAAACUGGUGGGAUUGCUGCCAUAACGUUGCCAGGAAAAGCAUCUCCUGAGCUAAGGUGGCACCUGAUGGGAUUAGUGAGCUGGGGUUAUGAUAAAACUUGCAGCCUAGAACUCUACAGUGGCUUCACCAAAGCUCUUCCCUUCAAGGACUGGAUUGAGAAGAACAUGAAAUAAAAACCUGAGUCUGGAAAUGGCAUUUUAUAACAUAAUAUCUCUCUCAGUCUCUGCUACUUUAGGCUUCUCAUCCUAGUGAUGAGACACAUCUGGGAUAAGGUUAAGGCAGGCAGCCUGGUAAUUUGUCCUAGGAUCAGAUAUUUCAUCAGGCUAAUUUUACUUAACCCAUGACAGAGGGUCUUAGUGCAUGAGAAGUUUUGCCAUAUUUUGUCUGUCUCCCCUGGUGGGAGGACGAUGCUCUGCUCCUGAGUCUGACAUGCAGAAACAGGACAGUAAAUUCUGUCUGAAAUUAAUCUGUAGUGUGGAGCUCCCUGGAGAAAUUGAUGGUGAGCUUCUCCCAAAGAUCUGUGUGACUGAGUGGAUUAAGAGUCUGGAAAGAGUAGCCUGAAUUCAUUAUGACGGAUGAGCUUGUUGUGGUAUGUGCUGUCUGUAUUGCCAUAGUACAAUGUAAUCUUCUUCCCUCCCAAGUACUUUACACAUUUAAAUAAACCAUGGUUUGUUUUUUUAA